UGGACAAAACAAAUUAGUAACAUACUAAAGAAAACGUUGAGUCUGCAAUCUGCAGGAGCAAGUAGAAAGUAGCCAAGGCCUUUCGAAGUUAGAAACAGAGCUGAUGAUAAGAUAAGAAGAUGCCACUUCUUUUUCUUCUUCAACCCUGUAAGUCUCUUUCUUCUCCCAACUAUUCUUUACCGGUUAACAAUUUCACAUUCACUAUCCACAACAAAGUAUUUCCAAGCAACCCCACUAGAUGCCCAGCUCCAAAACCCUCCAAAUUUCAAACAUUUUCCACUGUUGGGUCUCUGAUAUUUUCUAAGAAUAAUUUUCCAAUUUGUGGAGGUACCCAUGUUGCCUUUUGCUCUAGGAAUGAGGUUUUUGAUGGUUUUUCGAGUACCCAGUUGCCCCAAAAGCCUCCAAAUAAUUCUACUAAAGAUGAUGAGGAGCUUGAAUUGCUAAAUAAGCCUUCCCCAUUUCCUAUAGAUAAUUAUUUUGACUCAGAAUCAGACAAGGAGUCUGAAAAACCUGAUAAAGAUGAGGCUUUAGCGCCUUUUUUGAAGUUCUUCAAGGGGGGAGAUUCUGAGGAAGAAAUGAAAGAAGUAGAUGAGGGAGGUGUGUUAGUAUUAGAGGAAAAAAAUGACGAGGAUGGUAGGAAUGAGGAAGGUAAGAAGGUUGCUGUUGAGUACUAUGAGCCCAAACCUGGUGAUUUUGUGGUGGGGGUGGUGGUUUCGGGUAAUGAGAAUAAGCUUGAUGUGAAUGUGGGGGCAGACUUGUUGGGUACAAUGUUGACAAAGGAGGUGCUUCCCUUGUAUGACAAGGAAAUGGAAAACUUGUUAUGUGAUAUGGAUAAGGAUGCCAAAGAGGUUAUGGUUAAGGGGAAGAUGGGAAUUGUGAAGAACGAUGAGGCAUUGAGUGGGAGACAGGUGCUUGGAAGGCCUGUUGUUGAGAUUGGAACUGUUUUGUUUGCAGAGGUUCUUGGGAGAACACUUAGUGGUAGGCCAUUGCUUUCUACUAGACGGCUGUUCCGGCGGCUUGCCUGGCAUCGAGUGAGGCAGAUAAAACAACUCAAUGAACCCAUUGAGGUUAGAAUAACAGAGUGGAAUACUGGAGGCCUUCUUACAAGAAUUGAGGGAUUGCGAGCUUUUCUUCCCAAAGCUGAGUUAUUGAAUAGAGUGAACAACUUCACUGAGUUGAAAGAAAAUGUUGGACGUCGGGUAUAUGUGCAGAUUACUAGAAUUGAUGAGGCUAAAAAUGACUUAAUAUUGAGUGAGAGGGAAGCUUGGGAAAUGUUAAACCUUAGAGAGGGAGCACUUUUAGAAGGGACUGUUAAAAAAAUCUUCCCGUAUGGAGCUCAAAUAAGGAUUGGCGAAAGUAACAGAAGUGGGUUGCUGCAUAUCUCAAACAUCACCCGUGCCCGAAUUACUUCUGUCAGCGACUUACUUGUGGUUGAUGAGAAGGUUAAAGUUCUGGUUGUGAAGUCAAUGUUUCCUGGCAAAAUAUCUCUCAGUAUUGCCGACCUUGAAAGUGAGCCUGGCCUAUUUAUUUCAAACAAAGAGAAAGUAUUUGCUGAGGCUGAUGCAAUGGCAAGGAAGUACAAGGAAAAGCUACCUUCUGGUUUAGCCCCUCAUAAGUCGGAACUCCCUCCAACCAAUGCUUUACCCUUUGAGAAUGAGGUAAGAAUGUAUGCAAAUUGGAAGUGGUUCAAAUUUGAAAGAGAAUAUGAACCAGCGUGACCCUUAAGGUUGCCCUGUGACACCAUCAAAUUAGAAAAAAGGGAGGGCUCAGACCUUGCUAUCCUCCCCUAACCCACACACACCCCAUGAUGAAAAAAAGUAAAUAACUCUCAAGUCUCAACAAGGCCAUUAUACUCUCGAAUUCACAAAAAUCAAGUUAUUCAGCAUGUAUUGCAAUUAGAUCACAAGCCAUUGAAAAUCUAUGGAGACAUGAGCAUAUGUUGUUCUCGCUGUUGACAUAGUUUUCCACUUUAUUAUUCCAUACAAAUGUGUAAUAUGAUGAGUCAAAAUAUUCUCAGUUGUAGUUGCAAACCUUGUCCUUGGUGUUGUUUUUGUUUUCCUAUGGAAAUGAUUAGAUUGAUUUUCUUCUGAUUCA